AUGACUGGACAACUUUUUGAGUGGGCUGGCGAAAAGUCUCACUCUUUAGACAUCACACUGGUGAACACUAAUUUCAGGCAAAACAAAUCAAGAGCGUUUACCCCGCUUUUCCCUAAGGUGAAAAACGAAGCAUGGUGGUUGGUCCUUGCGAACACCUCAACAUGGGAAUUAUAUUCUCUCAUAAGAGUAUCUUUCUCUGAUCACUUGGUUACUCACAUGGAGUUACCAUCAGUUCCUAAGACUCUCCAGAUUGUCAUCUACGGUUCGAGCAAGAGCACUCUAUUUCACAACUUAUUGAACUGCAGGUAUAGCCGUGAGUCUCAAGUAUCAGUGGGAGCUGCCUUCGGGGUAGGCCAGUCCACAGUUUCUCAAGUGACUUGGAGAUUCAUUGAAGCAUUGGAAGAACGUGAAAAGCACCAUCUCAAGUGGCCUGAUUCCAACAGAAUGGAAGAAAUAAAGUCCAAACUUGAAGAAGCCUUUGGAUUUCCCAAUUGUUGUGGAGCCAUAGACGGUACACACAUCAUUAUGACACUUCCUACCUUUCAAACAUCAGGCGAUUGUUGUGACCUGGAGGACAACUACAGCAUGCUCUUUCUGCAGGGAAUUGUUGACCAUGAGAUGAGGUUUCUUGGCAUUGUAACUGGUUGGCCUGGGGGAAUGACGGUGUCUAGACUUUUAAUGUGUUCAGGAUUUUUCAAGCUCUGUGAAGGUGGACAGCGUUUGAAUGAAAAUUUUAGAACUUUAUCUGGAGGAGUAGAGAUUAGAGAAUACUUAGUUGGUGGGUUGGCUAUCCUCUGCUUCCCUAGCUCAUAA